AUGUCCUCCCAGUUCGAACAGAUCCAUCGUGUUCUCGUAGAUGCAACGCCGCUCCAGCUCUCACUCGUCGGCGCCGCAGUGCUUUCGGCCGGAUACUUCCUCCUAAGAGACAAAUCUUCACGAAAGUAUUCUCCAGGGCCUCCAAAGCUACCAAUUAUUGGGGACAUUGUCUACGUGCAGCUCCCAGGGACGCCCUUCUUCAUCCUCAACUCGCUCUCCAUCGCAAAUGAGCUGCUUAUUAAACGGACGAACAUCAACUCGGAGCGAAAAGUUGGAUAUAUGGUUAAUGAAAUGAUGGGUUGGGACUGGGUCGUUGCACAUAGAGACACCGACGAUAACUUCUUCAAGCAACGCAGAUUAUUCAAGCAUGGCAUUGGUCCUUCCGCGGUAGCACGACAUGACGCGCUCAUUGAACGUUGCGCUAACUCUCUUGCGCUCAAGUUGCAAAACUUUCAUGGGAAACCAGAGGAAAUAAUCGUGAAAUGCACUGCAAUCGCGAUGAUAGAGCUUGCGUAUGGCCAGAAAAUGGUCGAAGAGAAUGGCGAACAGAUGCUCAAACAGAAUCACGAGGCCAUGAAUAUGCUUUUCCUAGGCUUUCAAAGGAUCUGGAUGGUCAACUUCUUUCCAUGGUUGCGCUAUGUGCCCAGCUGGAUGCCCGGAGCUGGAUUCAAACAAAUUGCGAAGGAAACUAGGGAAAUGGUCCAAGCUAUCCGUAGUGGGCCCUUCAACACUGCCGUUCAACGCCAUAAAGAGGGCAGGCUGGAUCAUUGUCUCGCUGAAGAAUGGAUCAGCGAGUUCGGGCCUUCCGAGGAGGCGCAGAGCGCUCUGGCCACGCUCUACUUUAGUGGAUACGAUACGACUUCGACAGUCAUUAUCCGCUUCUUGCACGCCAUGUUCAUCUUCCCCAAUGUUGCAAAGCGUGUUCAGGCGGAGAUAGAUAGCGUCACAGGCGAGGAGCGUCUCCUCACUAUCAAAGAUCGCCAGGCUCUCCCUUUCACAGAAGCCGUGUGGAAAGAGUCGUUGCGUUGGAGGCCACAGAUUCCUCUUGCUGUGUCACAUGCGACUAAAGAAGACCAGUUCAUCAACGGUUAUUACAUCCCGAAAGGCGCGGUUCUCCAGCCAAACUAUGGAUUCAUGUUGGUCGACCCGUCAAUUUGGGGAGAUCCGGAUUCAUUCAGGCCCGAGCGAUUCCUGGGACCCGACGCAAACACAUUACCAGAUCCAAGUCUUCUCAUAUUUGGAUUCGGUACCAGGAUCUGCCCAGGAAUGCAUUUCGCUGACCGUGUAGCAUUUCACACCGCGCUCACUUCAGUCUCGCUCUUCAACAUCCUACCUCUGGAAGGAAAGCAGGUGCCAGAUAUUGAUCGAAUCGAGUAUACAAAGGAUAUUACCCGAGUUCCAGUCAAGUUUGACUGUCGAUUUGUGCCAAGGAAUGAAGAAGCGAAUCAAUUGCUUUCUUCUCUCGCGCUCAAUGCGAGCAAAUGA